AUGCCCUCUCGCCUAGCUCAAUUCCAAUUUCCCCAAGGAUACGGCGAAGCCCCGAUGACAGUGUACCAAGCGGAAGGCAUCAUUGCCUCAAUCCCAGGAGUCACCGACAAGAUCGUCAACUGGUUUAAAGGGGAAUACCCCCAGGCGAACUCCUCUGAUAGGCUCAAGAAGGAGGUAAUGAUGCGGCAAAUGAUGCAAUAUUACAUUAGUGCUCUGAAAACGACGGGGAAGGACAAAACCACCGACCUUGAACCCCUCGUGGUUCGAAUUCUUCAAGAGGCCCUCCGAAUUCAAGAGGGCUCUUUUAACUGGGCAGUUAUCGCCGAACCCCCUGCUAAACCGAUCUACAAAGAUUUCCUCGCCGCAUGGGAUGCCCCCGGCGACGAUGAGCCCGAAGUCGUCACCAAACCAUCUAAUCCUCAGGAGAAUGCGAAGGGGAAGGGCCGUGAGACUGGGACACCCAUGGAUGAAACUCCGAAGCACACCACCCGAGGAGCCAAACGUAAAUUGGAGGAGGAGGAGGACGCCGAGGUGGAAGGAGAAGAAGAAGAAGAAGAAGAAGAAGACGAGGAGGAGGGGGAGGAGGGGGAAGAGCAGAAGUGGGAUGAGGGGCCGAAGAAAAGGUUGACGAGGGCGACGAAGAGAGUGAGGAUCAAGUCCGCGGCGGAGGUGAAUUCCGGGGAUGAGGGAGGUGAUGGUGGCAAUCGUUCCACCCCAAAGCGGCCUCAUCCAAAUGGGGUUUGCCAGGCAUGUAGGAAUGCGGGGCAAGUUUGUCUCCUCAGUGUCUCAGGUCGAACUGCUUGUGACCGAUGCAACGGGCAGAAGGAAAGGUGUAGUCUGACCAAGGGUAGAGGGGGUGAGAAAGGCGAAUCGACAACCAAGGGUAGCGGUGAGAAGGGGGAAUCCGCGAAAAAGGCUGAGCCGAAGAAAUCGGGCAAGAAGCCCACCCUCCCCACGAAGCCCUCUUCGUCGGGAUUGAAGCCGUCGGGAUCCAAGUUGACUGGAACCCAUCUUCUCGGGGAGAAGAUGACGGUAUUCAGCAAUCCCAACUUCGAGGGGAUUUCACCAAUUCCACCGAAGUCGAUUGGGGAGCUCGCGGGGGACAGGGGACAGUCUGAGCCAAGUGUCAGGGUGAGGAGGCGGAGAAGUGAAUCCGUUCGAGAGGGAAGCAUACGGCCUGGACAUGACCAGGAAAUUCCAAGAGACGCACUCCUGUCAGGCCUCGAUGACGGGUCUAGCACCCCGCCCCAAAUAUCGGAUCCCUUCACCGAUCGGCUGGACAACAUUUCGCUCCACCAAAGGCAUCAGAUGAGCGAGCUUGAAAGGCUCACGGUGAAGCUCCGGGAUGCCAACUCCCGCAUCGACGCAUUUUCGGCUACGAGCCUUCGGCAAAAAGACACGAACAUCGCUGAGUUGGAGCAACAAGUGGAGAUCCACAAGGCGACCAUCUCAGACCUCCAGCAAAAGCAAGACCUGACUACCAAGGUCCUGGCCGCGUUGUCGGCACACAUUGAACAUCUGGAGGAUGCUGGAGGCGCGGUAGAUGGGGGGGAUGCGACCUUCGCCGUCGAUCGAGGGCUAAACGAGAUCAGGGGAGAGAUGAUCGAUAUGGAGCAGAGGAUCGCGUCGGAGUACCAGGACAAGAAGGAAGUCGAAGCCGUGGCCUCCAAUAUGGAGGUCAUCCUCAACACCUUCAUCGACGAUGUCAACAAAGACCUUCAAGAAGGUCAUCGUAAGACUGCCAACAUCGCCGGUCGCCUUUCUGAACUCAAACGCCGAAAGCUAGAUGAGAGGAUCGGCUGUGUAGAAGCCCUCAGCUUCGAGUUCCUCACCGCCGCAUUUGCCCAGACGAAGGGUGAUAGGGGCGAGUACGAGGAAAAGAUGGAACGACGUCGGUGGGAGAUGGACAGAUUGGCUUCAGCUCCACGAGUCCCUACCGCCGGCCCGUCAAACGCCAUGCCUACCGCUGGCCCAUCGAAAGAGGUUCCCACCUCCGCUCCAGUCCCUUCGGCAACACCUGCCCAACCUGAGGAAGUCGACACCAGCGAGGACAAGUCAGCUCGAGUCAUUGCUCCACUACCCCGACGAAAUGUGCCUCAGUCGUCGGCUGGCACGACCGAAAGGUUUGGGGGCUGGGCUGGGCUAUCGGCACCAGUCCCAUCGAUGUCCAAGUUAGAGUCCACACUGAAGGUAGCGGUUGAUAUUCUGACAGCUACUGGGGAUGACAGGUACUCCUCACAGUUCACCAAUGCCAAGGCUGACCAUGCGCCAAGGAGGGAGACGCCGACGAGGGAGACGCCGACGAUGAAAAACGUUGGCCCAUCGUUGGAUCCCAUCACCGAAGCAGUCACUCCGAAGCCACCCAGUUCCGAGGUCAUGAACUUGGUGGAUCAGGGUGAGGACCAAGGUGACAACCAAGCUGAUUCGACCAGGGAGCCGGAAGCUGAGAAGGGUGAGCAGAGCGAGGGGGCUUGA